UUAAAGGUCAGCAUGAUUUUAGCCCAAUCCAAAGUCGUCCUGGCCACCACAAUUUUACACGACACGCCUCAGCAGAAAGCCAUUCGAGAAGUCUCUGCCAUACAAAUUGUUAGCGCAUUCCUAUGAUUUCUGAAGCCCUUUUCUCCGUUUCAAUCUUCAUCAUUUGGUUUCGUAGAUGAAUCUUUGCAGGUUCCGGUGCAGCAACCAAACGCAGCGCAGAUUGAACUUUUCUAUUCAGUAGAUGUCAAAUCCUAUCGGGAAGAUCGAGUGUGGAGUGCAUAUAGCAGCGAACCAAUAUGGGUUAUAUGCAAAAAAAACAUUGCAGGUGUGCGAAUUUUUGUUGAUAAACCUUUGCAAAUUCGUUGACGGCUCGAAUUGAAUAUAUGCUACAACCCUGACCAAAAUGAACCUGGGUUUUCUUGGUAAUCUCCCUUGGUUUAGGGCCCAAUCAAACAGCGAUUUGGAAUUGGAACCAACUCUUAAUCCAACAACAACCCUUUUCGAGCAACCUAACCAAAAGGGUGGUUUUGAUGUCAAGUUGUUGGGAUUGUCCCUUCUUUCCUUUGUUCCAUGGGUGGCGGACAAUUCUAAAGAUAAGAUUCGAACUCCAUCCACUAUUAACCGCGGCUUAAGAAGGCGUGCACAGCCUCGCAGGGUGUUUGAGAAUGGGGAUCCCAGUACGUCUUUGCGAUUUAGGCCAUAUGUUUCUAGGGUUCCGUGGCAUACUGGCGUAAGAGGUUUUCUCUCUCAGCUAUUUCCGAGAUAUGGGCAUUAUUGUGGACCUAAUUGGUCAAGUGGGAAAGAUGGAGGAUCUCCUAUUUGGGACAAGCGGCCAAUUGAUUGGUUGGAUUUUUGUUGCUACUGCCAUGACAUUGGUUAUGACAGUCACGAUCAGGCUGAUCUGCUGAAGGCUGAUUUAGCUUUUCUGGACUGCCUUGAGAGGCCAAAUAUGAGUACUAAAGGAGAUGCCCGCAUUGCUCACCUUUACAAGACAAUGUGCACCACAGGUCUCAGGAAUUUACUUAUUCCGUACAGAAGUCAUCUUUUGAAGCUGCAAGCAGGACAACCUUUGAUUCAAUUUGGAUGGCUAAGCAAUGUUAGAUGGAGAGUUUGGAAAUUUCAGAAAACUUGAAAGGGGUCAUGAGUUUUGAGAAGUGGUAACCAACAGUACUCAACUUCUCCGCAUUGAAACAGGUGGUCUUAUUAAGUACCUUAUCUCUGUUGAUGCUUUUCUGUGUUCCCGGUGGAAAAUAGCAAUGUUGGGUCUUAUUGGCUUUCAUCCAUGAUGGAUUUUAUGUAUAUAACUUUGUUGAGACUUUUGGUGGUGCUUGUCUAUCAUCCAUUAGAAGUCUCAUAUUCCUUACCUUAACUCUACUAAUUGGGUUGUGUCCAUAAGUAAUGAACAAGGCAUGUUUCCUCUCUUUUA